AUGGCUGUCUCAGCACUACGGCUGACGAUUGUCCUGGGACUACUGGUCUUAAUCCUGACUUGCCAGGCAGAUGAUGCAUAUGACAAACCAGAUGACAAGCCAGAUGACUCAGACAAAAAAACAGAGCCAGAUUUUCCAAAAUUCCUAAACCUCUUGGGCACAGAGAUCAUUGAGAAUGCAGUGGAGUUCAUCCUCCGCUCCAUGACGAGGAGCACAGGAUUUAUGGAAUUCGAUGAUAAACAAGGAGAACAUUCAGCAAAGUGA